CUUGUUCUUCUUCUCCAUGUCGAUGAAGAAAUGUUUGAGAUUUACACACUCUGUUUCUCUCUGUAACUCGGAUGUUUUAAAGUGGUGAUUGGAGUGGAAAUGGAAUUUGGUAAAGGAAUUGAUAUGGAACAAAGCCCCAAUAGUGUUCUUCCUCCUCCUCGUCCAUUCACUGAAUCAGAAAAGAGGACUAGUACAAGACUGAAGCCGCCUCGUAGAGAUGAGAUAUUGAGAGUCAAAGAAGGGUUUACCGAGAUAAGCUUCAGGCGUUACCGUAGCACAUCGUGUAAGAAUUUUCCUUCUAAACCUCUUGCAAUGGGGGAUACAACGGAGCUAAGGCGCGGUUCUGUGUAUCAAAGCUCUAAUGAGUUGUUUAAAGAACUUAGGGAACCGCAGGGGCGUAAAGAUACAAAGGCGAAACUUGAGUUGUCUCGUAGUAGUGAUGCUUCUUUUUCCUUUAGAGUUGUUGAUUCUUCGAGGAAGGGAAGUACAGAGAAAAGAGCGCAUAAGAUGGUUUUAGAUGGACAGAAGUCAUCAGUUGAACCUUGCACCUCUAGCAACUUUAUUGACAUUUGUUUGAAGUCAGGUAUUAAAGAUAGAGCGGCGGUGUUGGAUUCAGGUGAUGAUGUAGCCGGUCCCUCGAAUGAAUAUAAUGACCGUAAAAUUAGAUUGCCUAAGCCACAUUCUGCAAAGGUAGACUCAUUAGAAACCAGUUGCAAUAAGGACAGCUCAAGAGUUAGGAAAAUGUUUGAUCCAUUUGUUAAGUCGAAAUCUCUGAGAAGUCCUCUUGGUUAUAUAGGAGAAUCAGGUGAUCAGUUCAAGUUUGGAUGUACAGAAAAGCCGGGGAGGAACAGUGAGCGUUGCAAAUCUAUGUUGAGUGACUACUCAAAUAUUCAUAAAAGAUCAAAUCUUUGCCCUCCUCCAGUUGUCAUUAAGGAUUAUACUUCGGUACUGAAAUCUUCCCCGGUCCAUCUACAUUGCCGUCUCAAGAUGGAAAGCAAGAAUGGAUUGCCGGUUUUUCAGUUUGUGUCAGAUUCUCCUGAGGAAGUUUACGCGGCAAAGACAUGGAAAUCUGACAAUGGUUCUACUUGGGUAUAUACAUUUUCAUCUGCUGGAAGCAGAAAGAGGAGCAGUGCUAGUGUUCGGGGUUUUAACGAUGUUAAUAAAGAAUCUUUGCUGGUGGCUCAGAUGCAAGUUUCUUGUAAAAUGUGCACUGAAGUAAGAAAAAAGGGACAAGAUCCAGAAACUUUGAUGGUAAAUGAGUUUGUUUUGUAUGAUAUUGCACAAGCAAGACGAAGUGUCUCCACAAAGGAAGAUCAAUCACUACCACUUGAUAUGGUUAAUAAUACCUCCAAGAACUCUGCUAAACCAGACUCAGAGAUAAGAAAUAACUCAAUGUCUGGGGAUGCUUCUGAUACACUGAAGCAGAGAUGUCAGCCGAAACGUACAUCUCAAAGCUAUGAUCUUGAGGCUUCAAAUGGAACAAACCCGUGGUCAGCUACAGAUUUGCAUCCUGACCUUGAGAUCGCGGCUAUAAUUAUUCAAGACACUAUUGAGAAGAGAGAAAGCUUAAAAUAUAGAAGAGGUGACAAAAGGUUGAUGGAGAAAACUAAUCUUCUUGGUCUUUCUCCAAUUGAGGAGGAGAAAAAGGAGUUGUUUGGCAGCAGAAGUUCAGAAAAACUGAAGGUUGUAAUCCCAAGGGGAAACCACGGGUUACCAACUACCGAAAACUCUUGUCCUUCGCCUUUGAUUCAGCGAUGGAGGUCAGGAGGCGGUUGUGACUGUGGUGGUUGGGACAUGGCUUGUCCACUUAUGGUUAUUGGUAAUCCUCGUAUCUCAUGUUCUCAUGAUCAGCCUCUUGUGGACAAUCAGCAUCCUUUGCAACUAUUUGUCCAGGGUGCUAAAGAGCAUAUACCAGCAUUGUACAUGUCAUUUGUUGAGGAAGGGCAAUACGAUGUUCAUUUCCAUGCGCAGUUAUCAACAUUGCAAGCAUUCUCCAUAUGUGUUGCCAUAUUACAUAACACGGAAGUCUCGGAUAGUUUCAGAAAUGGCGAGAAUGUACAACAGUUGUCGAAUUGCAACUCGUUGAAAAUGCUGAUUGAUGAUGAUAUUCAGUUCUUAGUUGAAGCAGUAACAGAGGAAGAAGAAAAGAUAGUCCCUAAGCCUCUGAAAGAAGCUGUGACCGGUCUUCAAUCCUACAUGCCAAAUCCUCCUUUCUCGCCAAUCUCCCGAGUGUAGUCUGUGUGCUGUCAUUGUUGCAGGUACAUUUGAAUUCUUCUUUGUGUCGUGAGUUGGCGAUAAGAAGAGAAGAGAAGGUUGGUCUUCAACUUCUCCGACAAAGCGCAACCAUGAAGCAGCAGAUUCGCGGGACAAGUUAGAGCUUAAAGAUGGGAUGGUCUUUGAUUUUCAGACUGAGAAAGGCGUCACAUUCAUUGUUGUAUCAUUUAUUUAUUCUUCUGAGUAGGAUCUAGGCAAAAGAAAAAGCCACACUGUUC